AUGGUUGGAUCACCAAUCGACCCACCCGCACCCGCGUCGGGUUCCCCGGGGCGCACGAAAGCUGCCUCCCCUGCUAGGUCCAAGACUGCAUCACCAGUGAGAUCCAAGACUGCCUCUCCGGCCGGACCUGGAUCUCCUCAGAACAAUCACGAGAUUGAGACAGGUGACAUUGAGGUCGACGAUGAGGGCUUGGGAUCUGACACUGCAUCGACCAUUGAUAGUCGUCCUCGUAUACGGCAUCGCUAUCUUCAAGCGUUGUUGACUACCCCACGGAGCAUGGCCGCCGCUACCAUGCUUUUCGCUCUGGCAACUGAGAGUGACCGUCUUGACUUCAACCACAUGCUCAUGGUGAAAACCAUCGGCGACAAACUUUACCUAGCCCCUCUUGAGAAGGAGAAAAUCAAUAGAGUCCUCGACAUAGGAACUGGUACCGGAGUCUGGGCUCUGCAGGUAGCCGAAGAGCUUCCACAUGCUGAAAUAUUGGGAAAUGAUUUGAGUGCCAUUCAACCCACUUGGGUCCUGCCUAAUGUCAAAUUCGAGAUUGAUGAUGUUGAGAGUCCUUGGAUUCACACACGCAAAUUCGACUUCAUUUUCAGCAGAUACAUGACGUCUUCUAUUGCAGACUGGCCCAAGUUGAUGAGGAGUGUCUAUGAAAAUGUAGCUCCGGGCGGCUGGGUUGAGUUCCAGGACUACGACUUGGAGUAUAGAAGCGACGAUGGCUCACUUACUCCACAGCACUCGACUUACAAGUGGCUGCAUAAGUUCUUCGAGGCUUGCAGAAUUGUAGGCCGCGAUCCCAACCCGGGGCCUCAGCUGGAGGGCUGGAUCAGGGAGGCCGGUGAUUACGUCAACGUUGUCCACCAAAAGUACAAGAUCCCAAUCGGAGACUGGCCUAAGGAUCCCCACUACAAGGAAUGCGGCAUGAUCAACGUGAUGCAAGUUCUUGAUGGACUUGAUGCUUUUACCUUUAGGCUCUUCACUGGCGUUCUCGGUUGGACAAAGGAGGAAGUUGUGGUUCUCCUCGCCGAAGUCCGUCGCGAACUGAAGUCGAAGAUUUUCCAUGCCUACUUCGAGUUCCACGUGGUAUACGCGCAGAAGCCAGAGGCAGAGGAAUGA